GUGGUCCCCGCUCCGUCGGCGCCUGCCGCCUAGCGUCUCUGCCCUGGUUGCCAUAGCAGCGGGUUGGAUGCGCGGCCAGCAUGGCGCUGCCGGACCCGGUCAGAAGGAGGCUCGGCUCCUUCAGCCGGACUGUGUUCAGCGACAGCAACCGCACCGGCCCGGAGCGCCGAGGCAGCGGCGGCGGCCUGGAUAAUGAAAUAGUCUCCAGUUUGCCAUUGCAGAUGUCCCUCUAUUUCAACCUUUACUUUUUCCCAUUUUGGUGGGUGAGCAGUGUUGUCAUGCUCCAGCUGAAGUACCCAGUCUUGCCAGAUUACUACAAGUUCAUCCUGGUCACAGUAAUCGUCCUAGCCUCUCUAAUUGAGGCGAUCCGACUGUAUCUUGGAUACAUGGGCAACCUGCAGGAGAAGGUACCUGAACUGGCUGGCUUUUGGCUUCUGAGUCUCCUCCUGCAGUUGCCCAUAAUCCUCUUCGUGCUCUUUAAUGAAGGUUUGAAGAUCCAGCCACUGGAGCGAGCAGUCCACAUCGUUUUUGCCCUCUUCCUCACCUUCCAGAUCAUUGCAGCUUUUCUUGCCUUGAAAAGAAUGGUGAACCAGCUGGCAGUUCGUUUCAGCCUUAAUGAAUUUGACCAGCUGGACGAUCAUCCCACAUCUGAUUAUCUAGCCUGGGAGAAGAAGAGGGUGCAGGCUCCAUGGCGGGUAGGACAAAAUUUUGAGGAGGCUCCUCCAUCAAAUAUUGAUUGGGAGUCUGCACUCAGGGCCUGACAGGUUACUAGGAUAGAGCCUCAGGAUGAACGUCUCUUGCUGCUAUAGUCCCUUUGUUCCCAUUUCUUUGGCUCAUUCUCAACCUUCCUAGACCCUAAAAGUAGUUCUUGUGCCACAGCCAACAUUAAAGAUUUGAGAUUUGAACUUGCUUGAACAUCACAUUAGCUCUGCCAGCUAUACAGUUGACUUCAUUUGUAUAUAGUUAUUCAUUGAAUGAAAUGCCUGCAGUGUGGGUUUUAUACUUAUGCAAACUUUAAUUUUUUUUAAAUUGUGUACAAAAGAUUUUUUUUUACUGUUCAUGAUAUUGCACAAGGAUAUUUUGUUUACAAUAAAUUCAUAUUUUAUUCAUUUUAAUAAAA